AUGGUCUCCUUAGGGUGCCCGAAGAACACGGUCGACGGGGAGGUGAUCCUGGGCGAUCUCCACGCGAACGGAUUCGAGAUCACGGACGAUCACGAGGCGGCGGACGCGAUCAUCAUCAACUCGUGCGGAUUCGUGGAGGAUGCGAAGAAUGAAAGCGUCGAAGCCAUCUUAGAGGCGGCGAAACUGCGCACGGAGAGUGGACGGAGCGAUACGAAGAUCAUCGUCACGGGAUGCCUGGCGCAGCGGUACGCGAACGAUCUGGCGAAUGAGCUGCCGGAGGCGGAUGUGAUCGUCGGGUUUGAGAAUUACGGAAACUUGCCGCGCACCGUGGGGGGGGCGCUCGGGGUCGAGGCGACGCCGGGGGUGUUGUUGCCGCAGCAGGCGCGGGUGCAGGUGGGUGGGGCGAGCCCGCCGUUCAGAGAGGAGACGAAACGGUUGAGAAUCACGCCGAGGCACUACGCGUAUCUUCGCGUGGCGGAGGGAUGCGAUCAUAAGUGCACGUUUUGCGCCAUUCCGAGCUUUCGCGGACGCUUCAGGUCCAAGCCGUUCGGGGCCAUCGUGGACGAAGCGAAAGCGCUGGCGGACUCUGGGGUGAGGGAACUGAAUCUCAUCGCCGAGGAUACGAAUCAGUGGGGGAUGGAUCUGCGAGCGAGCGAUGGACGCGGCUUGGCUGAGCUCUUGUACGCGCUCGCGGAGGUUGACGGCAUCGAGUGGAUGCGCAUCCUGUACGCGUACCCGUCGUACUUUUCCGACGAGCUCAUCCAGGCCAUCGCGGACGUUCCCCAGGUGUGCAAGUAUAUCGAUAUUCCGCUGCAGCACAUUACGAAUCUGUCGCUGUUGCGCAUGAACAGACCGCCCAGACAGCACACGGAGGAUCUGUUGUACAAGCUUCGGGACAGGAUUCCCGGCUUGGCGCUUCGCACAACCUUCAUCAGUGGGUUCCCGGGUGAAACCGAGGAGGAACACAACGAGUUGAUGCAAUUCUGUAGAGACUUUAAGUUUGAGCGCCUCGGCGCGUUCGCGUACAGCGAAGAGGACGGGACGCCGGCGAUGGAGUACCCGGACCAAGUGCCGGAGGACGUCAGAGCGUUUCGUCGCGAUCAACUCGUGUCGCAGCAGCAAGAGAUUAGCGAAGAUUUCGCCAUGAGCCGCGUCGGUAAGGACGUGGACGUUCUGAUAGAUAGCUGGGACGAUGAUAUGCAGGCGUUCAUCGGGCGCACCACGCUCGAAGCGCCGGAUAUCGAUCCAGUCGUGUUCGUCACGGAGGACGAAUCGAAAGGCUUGCCGCCGAUCAAGCCCGGUCAAAUGCGCAAGUGCAACAUCAUAGGAUCGAGUCUGUUCGAUCUCGAGGCUCAGCCAAUCAUGUAA